GCCUGCUAUGAAAUGGAAUCCGCGCCGCGCUGAUAACAUGGCCAAAAAGCCAAUUGUGAACACGCCACGGCCGUCCGACGGCUUCAUCGUCCAUCCGCAUCGGAUCGUAAUCCACGUCCGUCGGUUCAUACGACAGAAAUCACAAACGAGUGAAAACUUUGCUCUUUUUUUUCACCGUCUUAAUCCGCCUCCCUAAUACCGAGAUUUUCUCCGUAAACCCGCCAACAAUGAGGAUCUUUGGCGCUUUUCCACAUCUCAUUUUAUGCAGCCAAAAUCUGAUGAAAAGGAAUGAAGAAGGUGAGAUUAACCUUUUCAAAAAAAAAAAAAAAAGACCAGAUUAGCUGGUUUAUGUCUGGAAGGGGGGUGAUUUUACCUUUUUUUUUUUUUUUCCUUUCUUUAAAAUUUCCAGGUGGUGUUCUGCAAGCUGGGCCCAGUGUUGCGGAGGCUGGCGACAUGGAGAGGCAAAAGUUCCCCUUCACCAUCGAAGACAUCCUGAGGAAUUAUCCAGACCCGGGCCAGGAUAAUCCAGCGCUCUGGUGUUUGUGUUGUUGUUGCUGCUGCUGCUGCUGCUGUUGCAGUCGCCACUGUUGCGGAGACGGGAGGACCGCCCGUCCUCACCAAGCACCACAACCUCUCGCCGAGCUUCCCUCCCAAGAGCCGUGGGCAGCGGCGUCGGAGGCCGGCGUCCGAGAAGAAGACCAAGAAGCGGAGGCCCGGACGCCGAGGAGGACCCGGCGACACAGAACCAUCUUCACUGAGGAGCAGCUGGACGCGCUGGAGGAACUCUUUCUGCAGAACCACUACCCAGAUGUCAACGCUCGGGAAGAGCUAGCGCAGAGCACUCGCCUCAGAGAAGAGAGGGUGGAGGUUUGGUUUAAAAACCGCAGAGCCAAGUGGAGGCGCCAGAAAAGACUCUCUUUUAAUGCAGAAAACACAGAAAACUGCCCGUGACUGACUGUAUGUCACGAACUCUUUUAUGAACACUUUGUACCAUUUAAAUGUCAUCAACGAUUAUAGACUAUUUU